CACGCGCACUAAAAACAUGGCGGAUAAACACUAACCCUCACAUUUGAGAAUUUACACAAAAACCUUUCCGCGCAAGAGAGGUACGAAAUAAAGCGUGAUUAUGAAGAAACCCCUACCACAGAAAGCUGUAGAUUGGAAAGAUGGUAGACGGAUCAAACAUGCUCGCAGUGGUCGCCCCUCUAGUGUGCCAUCACAGUACCAAGGACAUUUCUGCUGGGAUAAGUACCUGAAAGAGACAGGAGCGAUGGCUGCACCCGCUCGCUGCUUCAGACAGAGCACUACCCCUCCGGUGAACGAGUUUAAGGCAGGUAUGAAGCUGGAAGCUCAGGAUCCCAGGAACACUACAUCCACCUGCAUCGCCACCGUGGUGGGCCUGACCGGCUCUCGUCUCCGCCUGCGACUGGAUGGCAGCGACAACAAGAAUGAUUUCUGGCGUCUAGUUGACUCCUCUGAAAUCCAGCCUAUCGGGAAUUGCGAGAAAAAUGGUGGAAUGCUACAGCCACCACUAGGUUUUCGUCUGAAUGCGUCGUCCUGGCCCAUGUUCCUAUUAAAAACACUUAAUGGAGCAGAAAUGGCCCCAGCUCGCAUCUUUCACAAGGUAGUAGUCAUACAACAAACCAUGCUAAAAACAGUUUUCCUUCCAUCUCCCUGGUCCCUAACAGGAGCCACACAUCCCAAAGACAUUAAGGAGCCGCCUGCCCCAGAGCAGAACAAUUUUCAGGUGGGGAUGAAGCUGGAGGCAGUGGACAGGAAGAACCCUCAUUUCAUCUGUCCUGCCACAGUGGGUGCAUUGCGAGGCGUGGAGGUGCUGGUCACCUUCGAUGGCUGGCGGGGUGCCUUUGAUUACUACUGCCGCUAUGAUUCCAGAGACAUCUUCCCUGUGGGCUGGUGUGCACUCACUGGAGACAACCUGCAGCCGCCAGGCACUAAAGUUGGGUUACCGAAAACACCAGGUGCACCUGGUGCCCUGCCAGACAGUAGUGUAGAUGGGUUAGGUAUGCCCCCUAUGCCAGGCAAACCACCACCCCAGAACAAAUGUAAGCCUGGCCGCAAGAAAAGCAAACUAACUGUGCCCUGGGGACAAAGAGAAACAAUUCGUCCUGAGAAAGACCAGCCUGACAAGGAACUGGAAAUUAUAAAAAUCCCCAAGAAACGAGGCCCCAAACCAGGAAGCAAGCUGGGCUGGGCCAAGGGGGCGGUGUGGCUAGAAGGGGCGAUUGCAGGUCCUGGUAGACCCAAAGGCAGACUGCUAUCAAACUGGGCCCAGAAAGUGCAGCAGAACCUGGAGGAACCUAUCAAAAUCCAAAAAAGAGGCCCCAAACCUGGCAGCAAGAGAAAGCCCAGAUUGUUGCCCAACCCUAUGCCAACCUCCCCAAGCAGUAGCACGCCAGAGCCAGACACAAGCUCGGUUCCGCUGGACAACGCCACCAUUCCCAGCGCUGCCCUACAGGCUCCUACAGUGUGUGUGUACCUGAACAAGUAUGGGAAGGUUGGUCCCCACCUGGAUGCACGGCGAAUUCAGUCUUUACCGGAUCACUUUGGACCUGGUCGAGCUUCCUCAGUGCUGCAGCAGUGUGUCCAGGCCUGUGUUGACUGUGCACAUAACCAGAGCACUGUCUUCUCCAGUCUCAAACCAGGACAUGGAGGAGAGCUCAUAUCAGCUAACUUUGAGCAACAGCACCACACUCUUACAUUGCCAGCAGUGAAUAGUGUGACGUACGUGUUGCGCUUCCUUGAGAAACUCUGCCACAACCUGCACUGUGACCUGCUGUUUGGCAAUCAGCCUGUCCCCCUGGGAGGAGUUCACUACGACAGCCGACCAUACACAGAGAGGAGGAACUUUACAAAAAGUCUGAGUUCUGGACCUGGUCGAGGAACUAAGAGAUUCCUCCAGCACGACACCUACAACAGCAAUGCGGUACCUCACAAAAUAGCCAAAACCCAUCGUUUCGCUUUAGAAGAGCCAUUCCUGAUGCAGAACGGGGUUGGCGGCUUAGAGGUCUUAGAGAAAGCACAUUUGUCUCCUGGAUUCGGCUUGUCAAUGCGUCCUCUCUCUCAGAGUAGCAGCUCACCAGGGCAGCUACAUCGUCUGGGCUCCACAGGUUCAGACCGUCAUCUGAGCUCGAGAGAAAGUCCGCGGCCCAGUGGACAGGACCCCAACCUGUGGACAGUGGAGGAUGUCAUGCACUUCAUCAGAGACAUUGACCCUCAGCUCGGACCACAUGCAGACCUCUUCCGCAAACACGAGAUCGAUGGAAAAGCUCUCCUUCUGCUCCGAAGUGAUGUCAUGAUGAAAUAUAUGGGCCUGAAAUUGGGGCCCACUCUCAAACUCACCUUCCACAUUGACAAACUGAAACAGGACCGUUGAGCUAUAUGGCACUUGAACCAGUCUCUCUUUCUGGCCCUCGACCUCUACACCUUCCAACACAUUUCAGGAUUCACGGGGUUGUAAUGUGAUCAGUUUUGGAUAAAUAUAUGGGCCUGAAAAUGGGGCCCGCCCUCAAACUCACCUUUCACAUUGACAAACUGAAACAGGGCGUUCAGCUCUAUGGCACUUGAACCAGUCUCUCUUUCUGGCCCUUGACUUCUACCCCUUCCAAAACAUUUAAAUAUGCACCAGGUUGUAAUGUGAUCAGUUUUUGAUACAUUUUAGCACUAUCACACCUGUUUUUUUUAUGGAUGAUGUCCUCUUGGUUGUUCUUGCUAACAGUUAUAUUAGUACCGUUACAAAACAUUUCAUAUGUUCGCGGCCCUGCCACAGCCUUGACUGAAACAGUACAGGGGACAGUAUGACAGUUGGCCUUGUUUUUUACAGUUUAAUGUUAUUGUAUAUUUUUUCAGCCUACUUCAAUAAGGGCAAAUUGAAUGUUUUUUUAUAUGAAGCUCAUUUUCUUCAAUUAACUUCAGAUAAACACUAGAACUCGCCCUCCAAGCUGGGGAUCACUCCAGACGGACACCUCAUCCAUAGACCAUUACUCAUCCGCCAUACUUUAUAGAUGUAAUGCAUAACAGAAUUACUGCCAUUAUACACUCUGCCUGUCUUUUAUAUCGUGUUGAUGUUUACAUUGUCUGUCUUCAUUGUUGUUUCUACUUUUGGAGUUUUUUCUACAAGUAGAGUACAUACGUUGAUAGCGUACUCGGUAAAUUUCAAAUAAAUAAUAUGAAGUCU